CAUGGAAGCUCCCGAGUCCCCCGCGGAGCCCGAGAGGUACGAGGACAUCCAGGCUGUAGAUGUGGAGAAGGAAUACGAAACACACUUUGAAAAAGACUUCCCGUUGUCGAAGUCGUGCCCCCAGCGCGUCUGUCCCACCAGCCGGCUCAUUCUGGUGUUGAUGCUGUUCUGUGGCGUUCUGAUCCUCUCGGUCAGCAUCCUAGGCAUUCAAGGCGUCCAGUUCAUCCAAAGCCUCCAGGGGACCCAGAAGGGCGUGCAGAAUAUUACCCAGGCGAUCCAACAGGGGGCCACCAAAUUCAAGAUCAAAAGGAACAACACCGGGUGGAGACUGGCUCAGCUGCAGAAAACGUUGACCGAGGAGAACGAUAAGCUGUCGAAAGUGAUAAAAGUGUCCCAGACGCAGUUGGAGACCCUGGAGCAGAACGCAAGAGCUUUGCAGUGUGAAAUUGUCGAAAUGAAGAGCAACGGGAGCAAAAGUGGCUGCUGCCCCCGUGGCUGGCUGACCUUCCGCUACAGCUGUUACUGGACCACCCAGACCAGAGACACCUGGCCGGCGGCCAAGAAAGACUGCGAGGAUAAGAAAUCCCACCUGAUCAUCCUCAACUCAGCCGACGAGAAAGCCUUCGUGAAGACCCACCGACAGGGGAGUAACACCUGGAUUGGCUUGACCGACUCCAGCGGGGACUGGAAGUGGGUGGACGGAUCCUCCUACAACUUAGACCCAAA